UUUUCGAGUAGAUGCUCCUCCCACAAUCUCGCAUCGUCACCAGAAGAGUUGGCAGAAGUCCCAACAACCAGAUCAAGUGCAAACCGGCUAUUUUAAUAUAACUUCCAAGAGGAGAAACGGGCGGAUCCGAAGAGAGUCGGUCUGAGAGAUGGGGGAAGCGGAGGGAUUGGUGAAACACGUUCUAUUAGCAAGGUUCAAAGAUGAAACGCCACAGGACGAGAUCGAUCAACUCAUCAAGGGUUAUGCCAACCUCGUCAAUCUUGUCGAACCCUUGAAGUCCUUCCACUGGGGCGGGGAUGUGAGCAUUGAAAGCCUGCAUCAAGGCUUCACUCAUGUUUUUGAGUCUACUUUCGAGAGUACAGAAGGUAUUGCUGAGUAUAUAGCUCAUCCUGCCCAUGUUGAAUUUUCAAACUUGUUCCUUCCCAAGUUGGAUAAAGUCCUUGUAAUCGACUACAAACCCACAACCGUUCAAAUCUGAAUCGAAAAGGCAAUUCAUCCUUGAUCCUGUUAUGCUGCCUGUUCAGUGGAGCUUUGUUAUGCAUAAGGUGUAAAAUCAGGUCCAUUUCAUGGAUAGGUGAUAUUUGAAGAACUCACAUGCUAUGCGAAACUGAUGUUGAUGAACUCUUCUGUGCUGUAUUUUAGUUAUGCCAUGGUGAUUGAUAUUGUUUGAAAUAAAAUAUAAAUCUGUACUCUUUGCA